AUGGCAACGAUCGACAACGACCCACUGUUCACGUCGCUGUGCAACGAAAAAACACUCCAAUCACAGAAGGAGGGCUUUUUCAACGAGUUCUACCAAUCGGUGGCGGAAAACUUCACCGGCCCGAACGCUCGCUGGCUGACGGAGGUCUACCAGAAGCUGCCAAGUGACAUCGAUCGACUACGUCUCGUGUACGAAGAUCCGGUGGUGACGUACGACGUGCAAGGUACGCUCGAACACGUCCAGCCGGUGUUUCGAGGAAAGGAUGCAAAGUUUUCCUGGCAACGGCGCGAACAAGCGCUCAAACUGCUGGCAGAAAACAAACCCCAACAAGCGCUAAUGAUGGCUUGCCAGGCGGUGAUGCGAGCUCCCGAACAGGGUGUCGAUCGGUUCAUUGACAAGGGAUUAACACUUGCACUGGCACUUUGGACACGCUCCGAGGUGUUCAUUCGCAUGCUGGAUGGAAAGCACGCACUUCAGGAUCUUCAGCUUGCCGCUAAAUGUGGUUUGCCCGUGAAACAGAACGCUGAUUAUUACGCACGUGUCGCGAAAUGUUACGCUCUGUCCGGUGAAAGUGGCCGUGCUGAAGUAGCAGCGAAGGUUUUCCAUCAGCUGUCCGGUUACAAUGAUUACGCUUUGAGCAGGUUAAAGGAGGACAUGGAAAGUUUGUGCGUGUUGAAGCAAGAAACACCAUCAGAUGAGGUGGAAAGAAAGCUUCCGAAGUUGGCCGGAGAAGGUGAGAACGUGGAUAUCGCGGGUGCAUCGUCGAAAAUACGGCUCACUGGAAGUAAGGAGGAUCCACGAGGUCGUUAUGUGGUGGCUGCUGAAGACAUCGGACCAGGAGAAGCCGUUCUAACUGAGCCAGCUUUUGCUGCCUGUUUGUAUUCGAAAUUUUUUGGCUCACAUUGCAACGGAUGCUUCGCGAGACUUAUAGCACCUGUCGGUUGUCCUGAAUGCUGCGGAGUGGCUUUCUGCUCAGUUGCAUGCCGUGAUAAAGCGUGUGCCACGUAUCAUCGCUUCGAGUGCCAAUAUCUCGAUCUCAUGAUCGGUUCCGGUAUGUCGAUCCUAUGUCACGUGGCGUUACGCAUCGUCACCCAAGCCGGUACGCCUCAGAAAGCACUGGAACAGGGUCAAAUAUUGAAGGAUACGUUCUGUGCUCACACGGAACACCGCGAUCCGGAGGAUCACUUUAAGCGUACGCUUAUGACGGCUUUCCUGUUGCGGUGUCUGCAAAAGGCGGACUUUUUCGGCUACCGUGCGACAGAGUCUCCCGAACCGACUGAGCUUGAGCUGCAGAUUGGAACUGUUCUGCUGUCAGCUCUUCAAUCGCUGCAGUUCAACGCUCACGAGGUGUAUGAGACGCGCGUUCGAGGUGAACAUCGUUUCGACACGGCAAAGGUGCAGUACAUCGGUGUUGGGAUCUACCGAGGUGCGUCAAUGUUUAACCACGAGUGUUAUCCGGGUGUAACACGCACGUUCCUUGGGACUUCCAUCAUCUUUCACACGAGUCGACCGAUCCUCGCUGGCUCGGUGGUGCCUGAAAAUUAUGGGCCACAUUUCCUGCGUCAACCGAAACCUGCGAGACAGCGAAAUCUACGUUCACGGUACUGGUUUAAGUGUGAUUGCCGUGCGUGCGCCGAGGAUUGGCCACAGAUGGAUAAGUUGCCGGUGAAACCGAGGCUACGUUGUCCUACUGGAGGUUGCGAGAAUGUGCUGGCUUUUCCACACAAACCCUCGCAAAGGAACACGAAGUGUGUCAAGUGCAAGAAGCAGGUCAAUCUGGAGGCAAGCGCAAAGAUGGUGGAGGCGAGUGAGCAGCUGUGCACUUCCGGUGCGGAAAUGAUGGCGUCUCAUCAGCUUGAGGACGAACGAGUUGAUGAAGCGGUGGAACUGCUGAAAAAGGGCAUCAGUCUAUUCUCGCAAGUGGCCGUUCCGCCUCAUAAACCGAUACAUCUGGCCGAGGAAUCCUUGCGGUCCUGUUUCGCCGACAAAGGUAAUGCCAACCGGUACUAACGACGCGGACAGUGAGCAUCUUCCAUGUGCCAGUGAGCAGUGCAGCCUAAUCACUACACAAUUGUUAUAAAGAUUCUAUGAAAAGUGCAGCGAAACGGUUUGCAUUCCGUGGAAACUUAAAUUCACGUGCGAACAAGAAGGAGUUUGAGUUUAAUAAGUAGUGGUUUGGUUUCUUUAAUGAACUGUUAAUGCAGAUCAUCAUCAUUAUGCGCAUGAUUUGGGACUCAAAUGAUCAAACAUACGCUCGAAAAUGGUGCACGAUGCAGUAGGAGUUAGGACAUUUAUGCAACGUUUGGGAGUAAAACUAGGAAGAGUUACGAGGCGUAGUCCUGUAACCAAACGGGCGGAAUAAAUAAAAGUAACAACAGAGCUAACUGAUCGAAUGAUUGCAUUUUUUUCGUCCCAUUUUGGUUCACGAUCUCGGGGCUUCAAAAUAGUUCAAAUAUCGAAAAAUCGUUAUUUAAACUCUUGUCUUGUGGUUAAAUUAGUUCAAUGGUGACUAUUUUGUUUUAUAGUAACAAUGCUCUUAAAAUAUUGAAAUAAAAUGAAAGAGAGU